AUAUAAUAGCCUAAUUACGGGAAAUAUUAAGACAUUCGCUUGCUUAAAAUAACACUGAAACUUUUUUAUACAAUUUUCCAAUACGUUUUUUAUAAAUUUGGCGCAUAAAGAAAAUUAGUGCAACACCAAAAACCAAAAAGUCUAGAAUCUAGAAUAGAGAAAACUGUGGGAGACCUUUGUUAUUCAUUUUCAGCAUUCAGUUGAGAAGUUGCGAUUGUUAUCAAUCAGCGUCUGACGAGCAAAUUGAUCAGUUGAGUGUUUAUCAAUGCCUAAGAUGAUCUCAUUUUUGAAGUGGUGAUUUGACCGUAGUAGUUUGUGUCCUUAAAAUAUUUAUCAGAUUAUUUUUGGAUAUAAUUGUUAUGAUGUGAAAUAGGUGCACUGGCAUACAAUGAAAUUUAUUAAGUGAGUGAAUGAAGAUUAGUUAUAUACAAGAUGUCAUCAGUAGGUCAACUAGUGCCACAGGUGACAAGAGGGCCACCCAAUAUGACAAUCAAAUAUAAUGGUCCCCACAUUGAGGGAUCAUUUUGCACUUCAAUUGAUUACAACUAUGAUCCAAUCAUCAGUGUUAUAUGUGCAAUGUAUAUUGUCUUUGGCAUUGUAUAUACAUUGUUCGGUUAUAGAUGCUUUAAAGCAAGCAUGUUUCUAACGGGCUUUACAUUUGGCUCUGCCAUUGUAUACCUAAUUUGCUUGCAAGAAUAUCUAAUGCCUCCAUAUGGCAAUGUUGGAGUGGCGCUGUGUGCUGGUUUACUCUUCGGGCUGAUUACGAUGUUGAUACAGUAUGUUGGACUAUUCAUGACUGGAUUCCAUACUGAAUAUAAAAUUAACGAGAUUUAUUCUUUGUUCCAGUAUUGGUUGUGUGUGGUAGCAUUGCUUUGUUCGGGAAUUUUCUUUGCCGUCAUCAACCUGUAUUGGAAAAAAGUGUUGACAAUAUUUGGCACCAGUGUAUACGGCGGUGCGGUGAUAGCUACUACCCUCGAUUACUUCUUCGAAAGGAUGAUGAUGCUUAAAUGGCUAUGGGAGCGUGCUAAGCUGGAGCCGGCGGUGCCCCCACCGUGCCGGCUCUCCUGGCUGACGCUAGCCGCUUGGCCAGCCGCUGCCAUCGUUGGCCUCACUGCCCAAUGCGCGCUCACCGCCACUGGAAUAUACCAUGAGCAAAGUAUAAGUGCUCAAAAACGACGACUGAAGGCGCAACAAGCUCGGCCGGUGACUCGUGAGCAACGCGCCGAGAUGAAGCAACGCAAGUACAGAUACCUCUAUCAAGUCCGCACAGCGCAUGGUGACGUCAUCUCACAGUCGUACGUUCAAGCUUUGCAGAAGAAGGCUCAAUGUGGCAACUGGAGCGGCGGGGGAGCGGGCAGCGGCGGUGGGGAGUGCAGCACGCUGCAGAGCGACUCUACACAUCUUACUGUAGUCGCCGGAUCAGAGCACGCUCCUCAUACAGACUCCGAUGAUGACCUCAACCAGAUACGCGCCGCGCAUUAAACACG